ACACACAGAUACGGCGAGGCCGCGUACCGACGUGGCCGCGUGCUCGACGCGCGCUCGUAUUCACCCGAUAUACGCCAUAUUGUUUUAUUGUCCACUUAUAUUUAUAAUUACCAAAACAUUCUACUUAAUAUCACCAUCAAUCACAGUGCUAUUCCUCAAAUUCCUACUUAAAUAACCACCAAAAGGAUUGUGUGAAGUGUUCAAACCGAAAAGUCAUAGUUAAAUUAUCAAUAAGUAAUAAUUAUUGUAAAAUUUUUGUGUAAUAUUUAUCUCGGUUUAUCACGAUCGGUGAUUCGUUACGGACGUGUUCGAAAAUCGGAAAUCGCUGAUUGUUUUUUUUUGUAAAUAUUAAAUGAAUAGGUAGUGCGGGGUUGUUACUAAAAAUAUUAGUUAGUUUAGUGAAAAUAAAAACUCUAUGUUGUGUUAAUAUUAGUGCAAUGUGUAAAGUGACGUUAAAAUAGGAAUGCAUUUAAUAUCAUCAUUGUUUUAAAAUUGUUUUCAAUAGAAAUGUGUGUGUCAGUGAUGUGAUACAGAUUAUCCUUUGUGUAUCGGAUUGUAAAAAUGGAUAAACCUUCUUUCAAGCUGGUGGGAGCUCCAUGUGGUCAGCAUGGACAGUACACGUUCUACAAGGCUCUGCGGCUUACGGGGCCCUCGGAGAAGAUCAUCGCAAUAGGCGACUUCUUCUUCGUCAAGGUCUGGCAAGAUUCGGAGCUGGUUUCUAUAGGGGAACUCCAGCUCCUAUGGACGGACAGGGUAUCAGACCAGACCCUGGUGAGCCUCCGGCUGUAUUUCCUCCCGGAGAACACGCCCGAAGGCAGGAACCAGCAUGGCGAGGACGAAGUGCUUGCCAUCAACGAGAAGGUGGUAGUCCGAGCUGAUGACCUGCUAUCCUGGAUGUGCGUCGGCACGGAGUGGCGGUGGGGACUCCGCGCCGUCUGGCGAGGGGCGUGCGCCCCACCUACGGACAUGCCCCGUCACGCGCCGCUGACACAUACCAAGCUGGACUUCAGCGAUGUGGAUAAUGAGAAGAGUGCUAUAGUGGUAGACGCCGAGGCUCCGGGCGUGGUGGUGUUCUCAUAUCCUCGCUACUGUCGCUACAGAGCACUGAUAGCUCGGCUCGAGGGCAUCCAGGCGUCCUGGCUGAGAGACUCCCUGGUCGCCGCGCUGGGGGGGUACGCCGCCCCCACUAAUAACACCAGGAUAUUGUACUGUAAGGAUACAUUUGAGUACCCAGAGCUGGAGGGCCACGAGUUUGUGUGUAACCACCUCGCGCCACGCCUCAAGGGGCGGCCUCGAGGGCGCCGACGCCGCGCUCUCACGCCCGACGCGCCGCCCGACAGGUCUGACCGCGCGUCUGAUCGAGCGUCAGACCGGUCAGAUUCUGAUGAUGCGCCGGCUAAUGCUUCUGAUCCUCCUACUCCCCGCCGCCUCUCCCUCCGCAACGGCGCCGCAGCCGUCAGCGAUGACGACGAGCUCGACGCCAAGGAAGUGGAACAGACUCCCGAAGACCGAGCCUUCCUCCACCAGCUCAAGAUGUUCUACAAGAGUAGGAGCGAGCCCUUCCAUGCGGGACACACGUUGAAGCAUUUGUCUCUCCGCGCGCUGUACGGCUGGGUGGCGGCGCGCGGCGGCUACGCGGCCGUGUGCGCGCGCCGCCUGUGGCGCCGCCUCGCGCCGCGCCCGCCGCACCGCACGCGCGCGCACUACGAGAGGUACCUCCUACCCUUCGAGAACUACGAGCGUCGAAACGGCACAACCUUCAAACUGAACGGCAAAACCGACUCCCCCCCCACUAUCGCGACCAUCGAUGUCACCGACUCCCCCCUCCGAGACGAUGACGUCAAGAUCCUUCGCACCCCCUCACCCCCCCACAAAGCAGACAUAGAUUCCGAAACGGGAGAAGUUACAACCAAAGAUGAUAUCAUAGUUAAGAACGCAGAAGAAUUGAACAGGGAAUUUCUCGAGUCGUUACCCAAAGAAGAGAAGGUCGUUAAGAUAUCGGUGAAGCCAGUGGAGAAGUUGAUUGAGCCGGUCAAGUUCGAGGAGAAGUUUGAGAGAAAGGAGGAGGGGACUGAUAUGAGUCAAAGCUACUUGGAUGCGCAGAAGUUUGGGAUCGCGGGCGAGGCCGCGUCCAGUCGCGCGGCGCCGCUCAACGGCCACGCCGCGCCCGCGCACGCCGACCUCAAGUCGCGUCCCUUAGGCCGCAGUUCGCUCCGCGCCGUCAGAGUGAAGCCAGCCAGGCCACACGCGGCGGCUGCAACUGCACCCCACCCCCUCCGACCGGACUCAGACCACAGUCCUCCCGCGGGCGCGGGGCCAGUGCCCCCGGUGGGAAGUCAACCAGCUCCCGCAGCUCCUACAGCAGGGGGUCAGGGCGCCCCCGUCACCAACUUCGGUAUACAUCACCCGCCGACUAAUGCUGCGGUCGAUGAUGAUAUUGUCGAGGUCCCAUACAAGCCUAAAACACCAGAAAUUAUCGACCUAGACGAGUACCCAGAAAGCCCACAGGCAGUCAAGAAGAAAAAACUGGACAUCCUCAAGGAGCGGGGGCUGGAAGUCACCGCCCUCCCCCCCUGGCAGGGAGUCAGCCCCCACAUGAUACCACCCCCAAUGAUCAUCAACCCCGCCAUGCAACAUCAGAUCAUGACACAAGCGCAACUAUUCCAAAUGUACAAUAUUAUACCACAGAACUAUAACAAUGGAAUUCAACCCCCUAAAGUUAUACAAGCCUCCUCCAUAUUCGGUACCUCGGGACCCGAGAAAACUGUCUACGGAAACCCCAAAGACCCCUUCAUGCCACCUCCGCAUGUCUUACACGGGGUCCCAGUCAAACCGCUAAGAGCUGCACCCCCUACGCAAACGACCCCUCAAGAUAUUUUAGACCUCACAUGCAAGUCAACUAGCCCCCCACCUCAGAAACCGGCUGUUGAAAUAGUAAGAGUACCCCCCGCACCGUCUCCGAACCAAACCGCGCAGAAUUUAACAAAAAAUUACACCCUCGUUGAUGGUAAAGCCGUAGUGGGGUCUAACUUAGAAAUUACUUUAGUCAACAAAGCAGCCAGUCCGGGCAAAAACAGACCCCCUCAAAAAAGAUCUAGCAACGGGAAGUUCAUGUCAGCAAAGACCCCAACACCCCCUAAAGAGGCCUACCCCAAAUACACGACCCCUACAACAGCAAAAAAGCCCCCUAUAAAUAUACCAAACUACCAAAUUCGAGACGAAUCACCCAACCAAAAUGUUCAAAACGCGAUGAAGAAUCAAAAUGUAGCUCAAAUUAUGGAUUUGCAAAAGAAUUCGGUACCUAUGGGGUCAUUCAUGGACCCCUAUAUGGCCCUAUACAGUAGUAUCGCGGGCCAAAUGGACCAACGGCAGCUGGCUAUGUAUAGAGACCUUAUGACCAACCAAUUUAGGUACCCGGGACUUUUAAACCUAGGAGUAGCGACGCCUACAACGAAAAAUUAGUUCUAGUCUUGGUUUUUUAAUGUGAUAAUUACAGUUAAGGUGGCUUAGAGUUCAAAGUUAACUUUUAAGGGGUUAAACUGUAUAAUUGAUUGGUUUUUGUAUACGAGUUUUUUUUAAUGUGAGUAACUUUGCCGCUGUGAAGUUGGUUAUUAGUGACUCAUGCUAGCCUUUACCCAACUAUGUUGAGGUCGGCUUCCAGUCUAACCGGAUGCAGCUGAGUACCAGUGUGCCACAAGGAGCGACUGCCUAUCUGACCUCCUCAACCCAGUUACUCGGGCAACCCAAUACCCCUUGGUAAGACUGGUGUCAGACUUACUGGCUUCUGACUACUCGUAACGACUGCCAAGGAUGUUCAAAUGCCGGGACCUACAGAUGUAUGAACGAAACACUAUUGCGCAUGUGCGAAGUCAUCAAAUUGCGAACUUCAGAGCGGCAAAGUUAUAUGACAAGAGCUGUAUUAAGACGGUUCUUCUAUUGCAAAAGGUGUGUUGCUCAAACAAUUAUUCCAUUGAAAGUAAAUCAUAUUUCAAGUAUUAGAAUCUUUAUACAAAUAUUGUGAAAUUGAAGAGUUUGUUAGAAAAAACUAUUGGUCCGACUUGAAAAAUUCGUUCAGUGUUUUAUAGCCCAUUUAUCGAAGAUAAUUAUAGACUUUUUUAUCCGGGUGUGCGAAGUAGUCAUAAUUCUUCAUAAAAAUGGUUUAAAAUAAACUCGAAAGCCACCAAUUUGAUCUCUGGGUUAAAAUAUUUUUAACUAAUUCGUUAAAAAAUAUGGGAACAAUUAUUAAAAUAUUGUUCGAGUGUUGAAAAGAAAAAGUUUUUGUAAAUAUUAGUUAUUAAAUAAAAAAUAAACAAAUAAAUUGUCGAUAGUCUUAUGAUUGCAUUGUUUUAUUUGGAGUGAGUGGUUUGUCUGUUUGUCAGUGUUUAUCUAGGAAACUGCUGGACUUAAAUCGAUUGAGUGUUUUUUUCUUUAUUUUGAAGAUUUUUUAGUAUUUCUUAAUUUAAAUGUUGUAAGUUUAAUUCCGUUGAAAGUGGUAUAGAAAUCUGUCAAGCAGUUUUCGAGAUUAAAACACAAAAACAGACACAACUACGCACUUUUAACUGUAAAAUAAUUUUGUGUUAAUAACUAUUAGCUGAAUUUGUAGUUUAAAUACAAUCUUAUGAAAUGUCUUGCUUACUUCAGGAUGCGAGGUUUGGAAAAUGAUGGGUGCGCGAAAAUUAGUCUUUUUAGACUAAAAGCCGAAAUUUCCGUCAUUGUAACUUUAAUACUAUCCUGAAGUAUUUGAGAUGUACAUGAAAUAACUUUUUGAAUUUAAAAAUACCUCAUUGUAAUUUGGAAAAUAGAGUAAAUUGAGUAAAAAUAUGAUUGAUUUGUAUUUUAAACGUAAUUCUGUCUCUUUCUUUCUUGGUUGUUUGAAAGAGAUAGAAUAAUGUUUUUACCCGACUUACACAAAAAAUAAUAUUAUGCCUAUAACCUAAGUCUGAAAAGUACUAUGCUGAGAACCGCAUCAAAAUUGGUUCGUCUAAACGUGAGAUAAUCGCGCACAAAUACACACACAGACAGGUGAAACUGAGAACCUACUUUUUUGAAGUCGGUUAAAAAUUUAUCUGUUUUCAAACUUAUUAAAAAGCAUAGUUCAUAACAAUGAGGUAUUUAAUAUAAUUUAAAGGUUAUUUCAAAAAUAAAUGUUUCCGUUUAGGAUAAUACUUCUCUUCGCAAUUUGUAAAUAUAAAGUAAUAUUGCAAUGUUUGUGCGGGUUCCGUGCAAAAUAAAAUUAUUAAAAUUUU